AAUUUGUUCUGUGUCAGGUGCGUUGGCUCAUCUGAGUUCAGCCUGCAGGGAGAUUACUUACUGGGAGGUCUCUUCCCCAUUCAUGAUGUACUUGGCCUCGUGUCUACCUCUUCCCCUGUGGUUUUGGAGUGCUCCAAGCACUCCCUUUCCAAGUCUGGCUAUCAGAUGAUGCAGGUGAUGAGGUUUGCCGUUGAGGAGAUUAAUAACUCCACUCUGCUCCUGCCAGAUGUUUCACUCGGCUAUGAAACAUAUGACUACUGCUCAGACACACGGAACUUCCCAGCGGUCUUUGAUUUCUUUUCUUCUAAGGGAUUGAUAAAAGUGAAAAGAAGGUUUGAUGACCACCAGCCUAAAGUGAUCAGUCUUACAGGUCCAUAUGGAAGCACUAGAACCAUAACUAUAGCACCACUGUUUAUGCUGGACCUUAUUCCAAUGGUCAAUUACGGAUCGUCCAGCUAUGAUUUGAGUAACAAACGACAAUUUCCUUCUUUUCUAAGGGCUGUACCCAGCAACAAAGAUCUGAUACAGAUCAUAAUUAAUAUCAUUCAGUGGUUUCGAUGGAACUGGGUGGCCUUCAUUGGGAGUCAGGACGACUACAGCCAGGACGGCCUAAAUCGGUUUUAUAGCAAAAUUAAGGAAACUGGUAUUUGUUUGGCCUAUCAGGAGUCGUUAGGCAAAAAGUCGAAUUACAGGGAAACGCUUAACAAAAUAAAGAUGCUUAACGUAAACGUCAUUGUCAUUUUCGCUGUGACUCAGUACGCUGAGGAAUUCAUCAAAGCAGCCAUACAGAACAAUAUCCGAGACAAAGUCUGGAUAGCAGGAGAGACCUGGUCAAUGAACCAGCAGCUUCCCAGAGAGCCAGGAAUCGAAAGGAUUGGUACAAUUAUAGGAAUUACAGAGAGAUUGUUAACUUUACCUGGAUUUAGUGACUUUAUCUACAAAUCUCGGGGUGAGAUGACGCAUCUUCACUCAUCAGCAGAGGCCUGUAAUCAGAGUUGUGAAAAAUGUUCAAGUCUGAGUCCAGAGGAUAUCAUCAGCGAAAACCCAACGUUCUCCUUUGCCAUCUACUCAGCUACUUAUACAAUGGCACACGCCUUGCAUAAAGUGCUUCAGUGUGACACACACCAGUGUGACAAGAAUAAAACCGUUUAUCCUUACAUGCUCCUAAAAGUAAUGAAGAAAUCUGAUUUCCCCCUGCUUGACCGUCAUGUAAGGUUUGAUGAAAACGGCGAUCCACCGGUCAGUUAUGCUAUAGUGCUGUGGCUUGUGGACAGGAAUCCACCUGAAUUUCAAAUGAUCGGCACAUAUGAUACAUAUCCGCGCAUGCAUUUCAAUAUCAACAGUUCUCUUGUACGUUGGACUAAGAAUGGCUCCGCACCAUUCUCAAACUGUUCUGUUGAAUGCAGUGAGGGUUUUAUGAGGAGACAAGAUGGAUUUCAUGAAUGCUGUUUUCAGUGCCAGAUCUGUCCGCCGAACACCAGCAUCAACAGUUCGUUGGAUCCGUACACCUGCACACCAUGCAGAAAAGAGGAAUGGUCUGAAGAGGGAAGCACAUCCUGUAAGAAGCGCAGGAUGGAGUAUCUUCACUUCACAGAGCCGGUCUCAAUCUUACUUAUGUUUUUUGCCGUUCUCUUGAUCGUUGUCUCCGUUGCUAUCUCUAUACUCUUCGCUUACAAUUACAACACUCCAGUGGUGCGGUCUGCUGGAGGUAAUAUGUGCUUCCUCAUGCUGGCCGGCCUGAGUGUCUGCAGCAUCAGCGUGUUCUUCUUCUUCGAUCAACCAACGGCAGCGCGCUGCGUAAUGAGGGAUCUCCCGUUUGUGUUUUUCUACACAGUAGUUAUUUCUUGCAUGGCUGUUCGCUCUUUUCAGAUUGUUUGCAUCUUCAAAAUGGCAGCCAAGUUACCGAAAGCGCACAGUUGGUGGGUGAAACACAACGGCCAAUGGCUUUUCGUUGGUUUGGCGUCUCUUAUUCAGUUUAUCGGUUGUGUGGUACGUUUCAGUGUUGGCAGUCCCAAACCAUACAAUGACGACACAUCUUUUCAAGAUCAGAUUGUCCAGGGGUGUGACCUAGGGGCAACCACAACACUUGUUUUUGUUUCUUGCUUCACAGCAUUACUUAGCGCUCUGUGUUUUGUAUUCUCGUACAUGGGCACAGAUCUGCCGAAAAACUACAACGAGGCAAAAUCAAUCACCUUUAGUCUUCUCUUGUUCAGCCUUAGUUGGUUGACAUAUUUUACAGCAUAUUUGAUGGUUCACACCAAAUACAUACAAGUCGUCAAUGUCAUUGCUCAGCUUGCCAGUUUAUACUCCAUUCUCUUCAGUUACUUCAUACCAAAGUCAUACAUCAUUAUGUGCCAGGCUGAGAAGAACACACAGGAAUACUUUCAGACAACUAUUCAAAGUUACACGCAAACCAUUAGCAGAAUGUAG